AUGCGACGUGGUGGCAUCGAAUUCCCAUUCCUCGAUCUCCUCGGCGACAAUGCCACGUCCUUCAAGUGGACGCCAUCGCUUGUUAUGUCGGCCGAAAACGUUAUCGCUCUUAAGGGCGCUGCGGAUUACGGAAUCAAGACUUACCCGUCGUUGUUCGAGCCUGCUUGCGAUGCAUACAGUGCGGUACCCGACGCUAAGGAACCGCGAACUACGUCUUUCGAGGCGACGAGCGCUGAGGCUGGCGCCGCAUCCAUUAGCACGCGGCUGUCACUCACGUCGGAGGAGAAGUACCCGUUGGGUUUCUUCAUGAACGUCACCAACCAGGUCAUGUUCGGCGACGGCAAGCAAUGCGAUAACAUGAUCCGUCUUUUCAACACCAGCUUGACGACAAGCCCUAACAAGAUCGAGACCGUAAAGGGCACCGUCAAGACCAAGGGUUUCCCAUUUGAGAGCGAACAGGAGUUCGAGUGCGCGUAUGGAAUCAGGUUCAGCUCGGCGUUCAUCGAGAACAACUACCUGCCUUGCGAAAACUUCAGGAACUACGGCACUGCUUAG